UGGGCGGCGAGCGGGGCGAGCAGGGCCGGCGGAACAACCCGAGGCCCAGGCCGGGGCGUGGCCGCGCUGCCGUCGCCAUGGUAACGGCGGGAAGCGCUCGCGCCGUACAAGAGCCGCGCGCAGGCGCGGGGCGGUGCGGGCGUGGGGCGUUGAUGGCGCAUUACAAGGCCGCGGACUCCAAGCGGGAGCAGUUCCGCCGGUACCUGGAGAAGUCGGGGGUGCUGGACACGCUCACCAAGGUGUUGGUAGCCUUGUAUGAGGAGCCAGAGAAACCAAAUAGUGCACUGGACUUCCUGAAGCAGCACCUGGGAGCUUCAACUCCUGAGAAUCCAGAAGUAGAGGCGCUUCGCUUGGAGGUGACAGAGAUGAAAGAAAAAUACGAAGCCGUGUUGGAAGAAAAUAAAAAACUGAAAACCAAGCUGGCUCAGUAUGAACCACCUCAAGACGAGAAGCUUGGUGAAUAACAGUAGUUUCUCCUUUAAUGCCUUCACUUAAUAAAGGGCUUCCUGAGAA